GUGUGUGUGUGUGUGUGUGUGUGUGUGUGUGUGUGUGUGUGUGUGUGUGUGUGUGUGGGUGUACGGGCGUUUGAGGGUUUGUUCCUGCAGCUCUCUGUGCCCACAGACAGAGCUCUGUAACGCGACAGUUAACAGGUCAUAUUUAGAAGACUUGAACCCCAUUUGGAGUCGACAAUGCGGCUCCGAUACAAAAUCAGCAAAGACCAGGUGGAUUGUGGGCUGACCUGUCACUGAUGGGAUCUUAUCAACUUCUACUGCCUCAUAUUCCUUAGCACCUCCAUGGAGCUCAUCCAGGCCACCCAGGUUUCCUUGCUGUCUCAGGAGGCCCCUACAUCUAUCUGGAGCAACAACUCCAUUCACCCCAACUUCAAUUCCCUGUUCCUCUCCACUCCUGAACAGCCUUUCAACUUUACCCAUAAUGAUGGCUCCCCCCAGAACUCCACCACACCUGCACCUGGAUCAGUCCCUGGUUUGACUGGAAUCUUCAUCCCACUUAUCUAUGGGAUAGUGUGUGUUGUUGGCCUUGUGGGCAACACUCUGGUCAUCCACGUUAUUGUCAACUACACCAAGAAUGAGUCAGUCACCAACAUCUACAUCCUCAACUUAGCCAUUGCAGACGAGCUUUUCAUGCUGGGCCUGCCCUUCUUGGCGGUGCAGAACGCUCUGCUUUCUUGGCCCUUUGGCUCUCUAAUGUGCCGUGUGGUCAUGACAGUGGACGCCAUCAACCAGUUUACCAGCAUCUUCUGCUUGACUGUGAUGUCAGUAGACCGCUACCUUGCUGUGGUUCACCCCAUUCGCUCCUUCUGGUGGCGGCGCCCCCGUGUAGCCAAGGCUAUCAGUGCCACAGUUUGGGCGGGGUCCUUUGUGGUGGUGCUGCCAGUGGUGGUGUUUGCUGACGUGUUGAAGGAUGAUGGGAACUGCAGCAUUGUGUGGCCUGAGCCAGCAGAAGUGUGGAAGACAUCUUUCAUAGUGUACACGUGCACAGUAGGCUUCUUCUGCCCCCUGUUGGUCAUCUGUUUGUGCUACCUGCUAAUAGUCAUCAAGGUGCGCAGUGUUGGGAAACGGGCGCAGGCCACGUCUUCUCGGCGCAGGAAGUCGGAGCGUAAAAUCACCAGGAUGGUGGUUGUUGUGGUGGCAGUGUUCGUCCUUUGCUGGCUACCUUUCUAUGUUCUGAAUAUCGUCAACCUCUUGGUGGUCCUGCCUGGGGACUUCAGAGGGCUUUACGUUUUUGUUGUUGUGCUGUCAUAUGCGAACAGCUGUGCCAACCCCAUACUGUACGGCUUUUUGUCUGACAACUUCAAGAGAGGCUUCAGGAAGGCCCUGUGCGGCACUUCACGGAGGGUGAAUAACAGGGGAGGCAUUGAGGUACAGCGGCCAACAGAGGAGUGGGGUGGCAUUGGGCUCCAAGCACAAAAAGUCGUAAAUUUGCAGAAUAAAGAUUGUGAUGAGAAAGAAGAGGAGGAGGAAAUCAAUAGUACAGAGGCUGCCAUAGAGAUGGGUGAAAUAUGUAAAACGUCACAGAACGGAAAUCACAGUGGAGUAAUGGAUGGCUCAAGGACACAGGUCGUGCAGAGGGGUAAGCCUGAGGCGGAGCACUCUGAUCAAAGUGUCAAAGAGGAAGAACUGGAUAGGAAAGACCAAGGCUCUGAUCCUGCUGAUCCAGCAGUGUCUUCUAGAGCCAGCAGAAGUAGAAACAGCAGGUCACAUUCAGAAGAAUCCCUGAACAAAAACUCUGUGCUUGAAAUCAGCUAUCUGUAACAGACGCUGACAUGUUUUCUGUUGAUUUUGGUGAUUUUUCAAAUACCCGUUUCUCACAGGUAUUUGAAAAAAAGCUGUAGCUGUUACAAACAAAUGCUGAAAACAGAUUACACACUCAGUGUUAGAUGCGCAAAUCUUUGAAGUUGAGGUCCGAUCUUUUUUUUUUCUUGUUGGAAAUACCAGUUUGCAUGAUGUAAUGGUCUGCAAAUCAAUGCAGUUGUUCCUCAUGGCAUGAGGAUGCUGUAAAAAUAAUGAAUGCUUUUACAGAAUCUGGUAAUGAGUAAGUAGUGAUGAUGUCAACCAUGUUGGAUUAAAGCCAAUUCAAAGGUAAGAACAAGUUAAAUAGCUACAACUUGAUGCCUGUGAACAUGACUGCAAGUAUUAGACUUACAGAAGCAUUUCAAUAGUCAAGACUGACUAUUUUAUUAUUUAUUUAUUUAUUAUUUAUUUAUUAGAUUCAUAAUUGUUUUGUGCAAAAGCCAAGAAGGUCAAAGAUGUAUGUAACCCCUGUAUAUUUGGCUGCUUGGUGUACAGCCACUUUGGUAAAUGAUCUACUACAUCAAAUACCCAGUGGGAUAUAACACAAGUGACCUCAAAAACACAUUUCGGUCUGUUGUUUAGUGUGUUUAGUGCUUGAGUUUUUGUGUAACAACAUCCAUACUGUGAAUCCCUGAGCACACAUACAUGGAGCUGGGCAUCAGUCACUUGAUUUCUUCAAAGCGACCAAGUGACAACAAAUUGCUUAAGCUGGGAUGUGCAAUAAAAAAUAGUGCCAGACUACUUCUUUCUAAACACAGCAGAUUACAAGAAGCACGUUUAAAGUUUGUUUUCGGCGCGAGUCACACUAAACUGGAUUUGGGGGAGGUGUUUGUUUCAGUAUGGAUGCGCUCGGAAAUCCAUCAAAUCUAAAACACGACAUUACAAACCAUGUUUGUAUUGACUUAUUAAAUCCAACUUUAAACUUUAGUCAUCCUUGAACAUCCAUGUUAUUUUCAUUUCUAGCAAAAAAUCUUUCAUCUUGAAGGAUUCUCUGCUUCCAACGUUUCGUCACAC